AUGGGAGAAUGGACCGGAGCCGGAUGCCACACCAACUUCUCCACCGCCGAAAUGCGUGCUCCAGGUGGAAUCGCUGCGAUUGAAGCCGCCAUGGCAGGACUCAAACGGACACAUUUGGAGGCGAUGAAGGUGUACGAUCAGCAUGGUGGAGAAGACCACACAAGCUCGGCUGACAAAUUCUCCUGGGGAGUCUCCAAUCGUGGAUGCUCAAUCCGUAUUCCGAGACAGGUGGCUGCAGAGAGAAUGGGAUAUUUGGAGGAUCGUCGUCCGUCGUCAAACUUUGAUCCUUAUCAAGUGACUGCAAUGAUUGCACAGAGCAUUCUUUUCUAA